GAGAAAAAAGAGCAAGAGCCGAAGUCGAAGCCAUGACAGGAAGAGGAGCAGAAGUAAGGAACGCAAACGGAGCCGAGAUCGGGAAAGGAAGAAGAGCAGAAGCCGGGAAAGGAAACGGAGCAGAAGCAAAGAACGCAGACGCAGCCGUUCCAGAAGUAGAGAUCGCAGAUUCAGAGGCCGCUAUAGAAGUCCCUAUUCUGGUCCAAAAUUCAACAGUGCCAUCAGAGGGAAGAUUGGUCUGCCUCACAGCAUCAAAUUAAGCAGACGACGCUCCAGAAGCAAAAGUCCCUUCAGAAAAGACAAGAGCCCUGUUAGAGAACCUAUUGAUAAUCUUACCCCUGAAGAGAGGGAUGCUCGAACAGUAUUCUGCAUGCAGCUGGCUGCAAGAAUUCGACCGAGAGACCUGGAAGAAUUUUUCUCUACAGUAGGGAAGGUUCGUGAUGUGCGAAUGAUUUCAGAUAGAAAUUCCAGGCGUUCAAAGGGAAUUGCUUAUGUAGAAUUUGUUGAUGUUAGUUCAGUGCCUCUGGCAAUAGGACUAACUGGACAGAGAGUCUUGGGUGUACCAAUCAUAGUACAAGCAUCACAGGCAGAGAAAAACAGAGCAGCAGCAAUGGCAAAUAAUCUGCAGAAAGGCAGUGCUGGUCCUAUGAGGCUCUAUGUGGGAUCAUUACACUUCAACAUAACUGAAGAUAUGCUUCGAGGAAUUUUUGAGCCAUUUGGCAGGAUUGAAAGCAUCCAGCUGAUGAUGGAUAGUGAAACUGGACGAUCAAAAGGAUAUGGAUUUAUUACGUUCUCAGACUCUGAGUGUGCCAAAAAGGCCUUGGAACAACUCAAUGGAUUUGAGCUGGCUGGUAGGCCAAUGAAAGUUGGACAUGUAACUGAGCGCACUGAUGCUUCCAGUGCUAGUUCCUUUUUGGACAGCGAUGAGUUGGAACGGACUGGAAUUGACUUGGGAACAACUGGUCGCCUUCAGUUGAUGGCAAGACUUGCAGAAGGUACUGGUUUGCAGAUUCCCCCGGCUGCACAGCAGGCUCUGCAGAUGAGUGGAUCUUUGGCAUUUGGAGCUGUGGCAGAUUUGCAAACGAGACUAUCUCAGCAGAAUGAAGUUCUGGCUGCAGCUGCUUCUGUACAACCACUUGCAACACAGUGCUUCCAGCUUUCCAACAUGUUUAAUCCUCAAACCGAAGAAGAAGCUGGCUGGGAUACAGAAAUUAAAGAUGAUGUGAUUGAGGAAUGUAACAAACAUGGAGGAGUUAUCCACAUCUAUGUAGACAAAAACUCAGCUCAGGGCAACGUGUAUGUCAAAUGUCCUUCGAUUGCUGCUGCCAUUGCAGCUGUAAAUGCGUUGCAUGGGAGGUGGUUUGCAGGUAAAAUGAUUACAGCAGCGUAUGUACCUCUUCCAACGUACCAUAGCCUUUUCCCAGAUUCUAUGACUGCAACCCAACUACUGGUUCCCGUUCGACGAUGAAGAUGGAUUUAGUCAGUUUUGUACAUAGUUAUUUUUUGGAGGAAGAUUGAGUUAUCUUUUAUUUAGAUAAAACUAAAGGAGAGGAUUUAAUGUCAUUUUGUGUACACUUCCUGCUACCUUUAAAAAUAAAAUGAAGUAAGCAGAAAUGCAGUGUGUUCAUUCUCCCUAACUAGCAUUUCCACUGUAUACAAAGCUGUUGACUUCUUGUUCUGCCUUGUAAUUCUUGUACAUUUACUAAGGUGAUCUGUAGGAACUGAGAAGUAGCUCAUAGAAAACAAGUUCUCUGUAAAAGGCAGAUGGGACAUAAUGGCAUUUUUAAUGUUUCACAGGCCUUUCUUUUAAUGCAGCAAUUACAUUUUACAUUUCACUAAAUGUAGGUGAUCUGCUAAAGGUUAAUACCAGAGAUAGACUUUAUGAAGGGACAUAUUUAGUGUUUUGUAUAAAUGGAAAAUUCAAAAGGCUACUGAAAGCUGACUCUAGACAGCCACUCAGCUUGCUUUGUGCUGAAUAAUUGGUAAGAAUAGAAGGAUUGAAGGGUUUUAUUUCUUGAUGGUAACUUUUGAUUAAUGUAUCUGUAAAAGUUUCUUUGUAAAUACUGUGUGAGGUGUGUCUACGUUUCCAAACAAAACGAUCUCUGCAUUUCCAGAUAAGUUUCUAUGUAUGCAGUGUGGCACAGUUGAAGGAUUUCAGCCGAGUCUGAAAAUCAGUAGGAAAUACAGAAACAUGUUUUGUUCUGGUUGCAUAUAAUCUUUGCUCUUUUUAAGCUCUGUGAGCUCUGAAAUAUAUUUUUGGGUUACUUCAGUGUGUUUGACAAGACAGCUUGAUAUUUCUAUCAAACAAAGACUUUCAUAUUGCAACAAUCUUUGUAAGAACCACUCAAAUAAAAUUCUCUUAAAAAGGCCUUCAUGA